ACAGACACGGGCACGGCUACAGCUGCGGCGAGUGGAGAACAGAGUGGCUGCCGCCGCCGCCGCUGCUGCCCCCACCCGCGGCCGCACCCCCUCCACUGCCGCCGCCGCCUGGGCUGUAAUUUGUCGGGUCGAGUCCUUCCGGCCAGUGGCGUCUGCGUCGCGCGCGCGCUCGGUCCGUAACUCCGCAGCUGACCCCGCGCCAGGGCGGAGCCGUCUGCCGUGGACUCGCGUCUAGGCCGUUGCGCGUAGCGCUCUACCCGGGCAGCGCCUUAAUUGGUCACCGAACGACGGGUGACGUCACGCUGCGUAACCGGCACAAACGUCGGCUGUGGCCGACGUACGCCCGACGGGAAGUCGCUGUCAGCCACUCGAAACUGCGCAGCUGACCAGUGCUUUGUGAUACGUCUGUGAAGAGUGCGAAACACUGUGUCGUAGAACGGUCGUCGAAGGUCGUGACUCUUGCCGUGGACGUCGUGUUCUGGCAAAUGACAGAGAGGUGUCGGGCGCAGCGAGCUACUAGCAGCGAGUGACGGGCGCGACGGGCAGCCAUGUCGGGCGCGUGCCUGGGGCCGGGCCUCCCGCAGGCGCCGUCGACGUCGUCGACGUCGCGGCGGCGCCGGCAGGCCAGCGCGUACCUCAGCUUCAAGGAGCAGCAGCGCGAGCGGGACCGUCACGGCCGCGGCGGCGCCUACGGCUACGGCUCGCUCAGCCGGCCGCUGCAGCGCGCCGACGACGGCGGCGACGACGACGACGACGACACGGCCAUCCCGCUGUCGCUGCUGAGCCGCAGCGCGUCGGACGGCAACCUGCGCGCGCCGCCGCCGCGGCCCGGCCGCCUCGGCAGGUGCCUGCGGCUGCUCGGCAACAGCUGGAAGAACCUCCUGCAACUGGGCGGUAUGAGCCGGCCGCCCAAGCCGGCGCCGCAGGUGAAGAAGGUGGCGCCGCCCGCGGUGCCCGACCAGUACCACGCGCUGCAACAGCAGCAGCAGCAGGGUCAGCAGUAUCGGCUGUCCGGCUCCUCCUUCGGCUCGGCCGGCUACUCCUCCAGCUCGGACGACGGGCUGCUCACGCCCGCAGACGUCACGCCGCAGCAGCAGGCCGCGCAGCAGGCAUGUGACCAUAGUGAAGUAUACGAACUGACAGGAAAAUCACCCGGGGCACAGUUCUCGUACCCCGCCUUCACAUUCCCAGGUCCACAGGGUGUUCAGUACACACAGUUAAUGCAUUCUGGCAAGAGUGCAGCGUACUACCACCAGAUGUCUCUUCAGGAAGAUCAAGGAAUUGAUAUGACACAGAGUCCCGGGAGAGACAGUCCGGGUUCCUCGGGUUCCGGGUCGGGCUCCGGGUCGCGCCACAGCACUGCGAGCCUGGACAGCGGGCGGGCGUCCGGCUACCACCUGCUGGGGCCGAGCAGCGGUGGCACGGGGCUGCGGGGGCCGGGGACGCUCUCGUCCAGCCCACGCUGCUCCCUCUCCUCGUCCUCGCUCGGCUCCUCGGAGCUCGGCGGUCCCGCUGCCCGAGCCGAGAGGCUGCUGCAGCAGGGGGUGCCGGAUCAGGAUGUCCUACAUGCUUGGCUUAUGGAUCUUCAUUUUGAAGAAUAUUUUCCCCUGUUUGCUUCAGCUGGUUAUGAUAUGCCCACAAUGUGCAAAAUGACACCAGAGGAUCUCACGGCCAUUGGAAUCAAGAAACCAAACCAUAGGAAGAAACUAAAGGCUGAAAUUGCUCAACUUAAUAUUUCUGAUGGACUGCCAGACUAUAUUCCUGGUUCACUAGACGAAUGGUUGCGACUGCUACGUUUGGAAGAAUAUGGUCCGGCACUGCAUCAACAGUGUUAUAAAACUGUUGAAGAUGUCACUCAACUCACAUGGGAGGACCUGGAGGACAUCGGCAUUGUGAAACUGGGUCACCAAAAGAAGAUUCUCCUGGCAAUUAAACGUGUGAAGGACAUAAGAGCUGGAAAGAGAUUUCCUCCACAGCCAUCCCUUGCUGGGCCAUCCCAGGAGGUGUUGAUCGGAUCGCCCAGCGGCUUGCAUUCUCCGGACGAGGGUGAUUGUUACCCGCCUGGCGUGCACAGGACGUUCCACACAUUUCAUCAGCCCUGGGAGAUUGAGGGCAGCCAUCACAUGUUUAGCACAAUCACAACACCGUACUUCCAACCCAUGUACUGUCCAGAUAUUGUCCCCAUUAAGAUUCGUGGUGGUCGAGGAAAGUCACUGGAAAGUUUAGAAGAUGGCAGUGAGAGGACUCACCACACAUUUAGUGCAGAUAACACACAGACUUUCUACUACCAGCACGCCGUCCACGGGCCCGGAGGAUGGCGACCACGCAGUUAUGACGACGGAGAUAUUACUCCGACAAAUGAAGCAGUUGCCCUGCACGAGGGAGGUGGCACACUGCCGAGACCCAGGGGACUGGUCCGUCCGAGACCCGUCGCAAAAAUAGUCGCGAAGACACGUAACGACGGGUCGACAUUUGCCGUCCCCGAUUUUGAGAAGCCCGGCAGCACCUACUACAAAAGCUUACCGAGAGACCUUAUAGAUGUUAGCAAGUACGACCUGGAUCGGUAUUCGGGUGGCACCGGCAACGAAAGCCCGAGGAUGACGCAAAAGAAACGGCCACCGUCACCACCGAAGAGGCAGUCGUCGAGGACCGGUGAAGCGGACGUUGUAAUAGACUGUAGUGGGCCAGUACCGAGAGCUACUGCAGAUGUUCCCGGUAGUGGUGGACGAACUACUGUAGUAACUGUGGAUCUCCAUUCGACCGACCGGGGUACAUCAGUGUCACCCUUGUCACUGCCGGCAUACCCGAGCGGGACUGGCGACGAUCUGGCAGAGCCCGACUUGCCCCUCCCACCUCCACCAGCCCCGCCCUCACCACCGGGACUGCGAGAGUUGUCGACCAUGAGCCGAUCCUGGAGUAACAUGCCUACAACUUCUGAAGCACACGCUGCCAGUGUCGAGCAGGAGCUUAUAGCCAGUCUCGCAAUGCAGCAGGGGCGUAACGGCUCUGAUGCCAGUUUUAAAUCAAGUUCAAGCACAGAAUCAGAUUCCCUCCCUUUUGCUAAUGAGAAUGCAGGAACUAUAAAGCAAAGGGUGACAAGACCGCAUCCGACACUUACGACAAUGGAUUAUCCCAAACAAGAGUUUACUCCUUCUAAGAGGGUCCAAAAUCCACAAAGUGAUCUAGCAGCUAGUCAGAAGGCACUAAGAGACCGAUCAGCAUCACAAGAACCUGCUGAUGUUUUGAAUGAUAUUGGAAAUAUGCUUGCCAAUUUAACUGAUGAAUUGGAUGCUAUGCUUGAAGAAGAGAAGCGGCAAGGAUUAAAUCAGUGAAUGUACAUUUGUGCUUAAGUUCCUAGCGUAGGAAUAAAAAAAUUCCAAACUGACAUUGUUUUAUAGCUCAGCUGUCACUGUUCAUAAGCUGAACUGGUAGAGCUCAUCCAAAAGCAUUGUUUACCUCAUUUAAAAUUUGAACUAAAAAUGUGUGAUAUGGAGUAAUCUUAUACAUCUUUGGGACAUAACUGCAACUGUCCAUACAUGAUAAGAAUUUAAUUUUUUAUCAAACAUAAAUGAUUAUUAAUGAAGUUGUGGGGUAGGUUCUAUUCCAUUUUAUUAAAUGUGAGUGUGCGUGAACUUAAUAACUUUUGAGUUCCACAAACCUGAAAGAGAUCAAUAUUUGUAGUUUGUACAACUGCUUAAAGAUACAAAUUUUAUUCACUUGACAUUAUCAUUUAUUUAAUUUUAAUGGCCGUAUUUAAGAAAAAGAAGGAGAACUCCGAGGGGCAAAAGUCCUAUGCUACUGUGACAAUGCCUUGUUCUUGGCAAUAUGAAAAAGGCUGACAACAUUUUUUGACUGGUUUGUGUAUAUGUCUUUUCCCACACACUAAUUAAUGUAAAAUAAUUUGCUAGUUGUUUAUUAGCAACUAAAUUAGCUUUAAAGAUAACCAUAAAAGUGAUCAAGUACCCUUGAAAAAGUGCAAAGUGUAGUUUCUGCUGAGGAAAAAGUUGUAUGUUGAAGAAUAGAGAGAUAAGUCAUCCCAUAAUUAUGGUAGAAGAAAUAAAUGAGAAAUGCUAUAACUGAUAGCAUGUUUUACUCUCACUUUAAGAACACCCCCUACUAAACAAUAUUUUGCAUGAAGACUAAGUAAAAGGAAGUUAAUUGCAAUUUAAAAAUUUACAGUCAGUAGUGCCUUGCAGUGUAACACAUAAAAACUUCUGCAAAAAGUUGUGAAAUAACCUCACAGACAAUUUGUGUAGUUGCAAGACAGAGAAGUUUGAUGGUGCAUCAUCUUUCAGAACUUAAAGUAUUCACUGGUUUACAUUGGAAAUUGAGGUCCUAUUUUUUCUCAAUCAGGUCUUUUGUUUACUUAUUUCUUUCAUAGUAAAUGGGGUUUUGGACAACAGAAUCGCAAACUGCUGGAAUGUUUCUUUUAAAUGAGUGAUGAAUUCAGGUACACCUUUUGUGUUGAAAUCAUUUCUUUCCAAUACUGUGAUACUGUUCUUGGGAAGAAAGAACAAGAAGGAUAAGAGGAAGAAGAAGAAGAAGAAGAAGAAGAAGAAGAAGAAGAAGAAACUGUAAUUAAUCUGGUACCCUGAAUAUUAAAGUUGGCCACUACUAACUGACUUCUCUUAAUAAUUUUGGAACUCGUCUAAUAAUUUGUUUUUGUCGUCAUGUUUCUUCAACUGAAAUAACAAACCUGGUUGAAAUACAUCCAGUAAUACAGCUGAUAAUGUUGUUGUUUGAAAGUGUCCGAGUUGAAGGCUUGUAUCAUUAUCCCAUUACAUCUUUUCUUUUUUUUU